GAUAAGAGAGCUACUCUCUGGUCACUGCAGAACACAGAGCCUUUUGGCACAAGGGAUCCCAAACUGCAGCAGUGCCUUCAUCAGGGUCUUUACUUCAGCCUCUGCCAUCUGUUCUUAGUUACUGCUUUUGAAGCAAUUUCCUCUGACUUGUACAUUACUGGACUUUGCCUUGAAGAUGGGGAUACAAGAUUAUAAAUUUAUUUAUCUUAUGACACUGGCUUUGCUUCUGAGUGCUUCUGCUUCAGAAGCAAAAAGAGAAAGUCAAGACAAGACAACUGUUGGCAAGGAGGAUAGUUUUAAUCAACAUCAUUCACAAGAAAGCACACAGCAAGAAGUGCUCGAUGUGGAAGAUGAAGAUAAAGGAUCCAUGGACACACAAACUACAAGUCCUUUGCCCUUCACAGAGAUGACCAAUUCCUCACUGGCUGAAAAUGGAAACAGCACUGAAAUAACUACUGAACAGGUUCCUAAUAGUGAUCCAACAAAAAGGAGCAUCACAAAAAUCCACAAUCCUUUGUUUCCCAUCACUGACAGCUCUUACAGUGCUUAUGGGAUUCUCUUUCUGGCUUUUGUGGUGUUUGCCUUCGGCGUCGUGGGUAAUCUGGCAGUAAUGUGCAUUGUGUGGCAAAAUUACUUCAUGAGGAGCACAUGGAACUACUUUCUUGCAAGUCUGGCUUUUUGGGAUUUUCUGGUGUUGUGCUUCUGUCUGCCUGUGGUGGUCUUUAAUGAACUCACCAAUAAGAGGCUGCUGGGAGAUUUCUCCUGCAGAGUUGUGCCUUACAUAGAGGUAACCUCUCUUGGUGUGACAACUUUCAGUCUGUGUGCUUUGGGCAUUGACCGCUUCCACGCUGCCACAAGCUCCAUGCCAAAGACCCGACGAGUUGAGCGCUGUCAAAAGGUCCUGGCUAAGCUGGCGGUGGUUUGGAUUGGCUCCAUGGUGCUAGCGGCUCCUGAGCUGCUCCUGUGGCAGCUGCAUCAGGUGACACCACCUAGUCUGGGUGACCAAGUGGACACCUGCAUCAUGAGUCCAUAUCCAGAUCUCCCUGAAUCCAUCUAUUCUCUCAUUAUCAACUACCACGACGCACGCAUGUGGUGGUACUUUGGCUGUUACUUCUGUCUGCCCAUUGUCUUCACCCUGUUCUGUCAGCUGGCCACCUGUCAUGUAUCCGGCGGAAGCGGAAGUUCUCCCAAGCGGCCCGAGGAGCGAUCUCCAUCCAAAAAACAAAAGCUUCAGCACGCUCAGCAAAUCGAACGGCAGCUCAACUGCACGGUCAUGGCUCUAGCGGUGGUCUAUGGUGUCUGCACGCUGCCGGAGAACAUUUGUAACCUGACUUUGGCGUAUGCUCCCAUCCAGGUGUCUGAAGAGGUGACUUCUCUUCUAGCCCUCAUAAACCAGUUCUUUCUGUUCUUUAAGUCAUCUGUGACACCAGUGCUGCUGCUUUGCCUGUGCAAAUCUCUGGGCCAGGCCUUCAUGGACUGUUGCUGCUGCUGCUGUGAAGAAUGCCAACCAAGCAACUCUUCAUCCACCCAAAACGUCGCUGAAGGCAAGCUCAAGACCACCAAUGACGUGUCCUCAAUUUUUUUUGACAAAGCCAAGGACAGUACAACCAUCUUGUCCAUUGGCAGUUGAGUAGGCGGAUCCCAUCCCUAAGUGAUGACAUCAUGAGAUGACAUGGAACCUACAACCUAUAUUCCCAUUAUCCACAAGUGGCCAUCUUUAUAGCAGUUCUUACUGUUAUGUUGGAGCAAGUUAGCUUUGUUCAACAAAUCUGAGUCCAAUUUGCAAUAUUGGUUUUGGUACAAACUUGCCAGGUAAAAAACAUUUUAAGUUAAGAUCUAAUUUCUAAGUUUGGCAUCUGAAGGCUAAUUCACUCUAAAUUAUGUUCAUAAAUCUGAAUAUUCAUUCCAUAAUAUCUCAGGAUGGCUCAAUGUACCUAUAAGUUCUUAAAAGGAUAAUUCACCCAAUAAUUUACUCACCCUCGUGUCAUUUCAUCUGUAGAACACAAAAGAAGACAUUUUGUAAGACGUCUCCAUACUUAUGUACAUACAAUGGAAGCCAAGUGGGGUCCAGUGUUGUUUUGGACCCCAGUGACUUUCAUUGAAUGAACAAAACAAUUCUUCAUUGUAUCCACUUUUGUGUUCUGCAGAAGAAAGGAAGUCAUACAGGGUUGGAACAACAUGAGGGGGUGUAAAAGAUGCCAGAAUUUCGAUUGUUGGGUGAACUAUCUCUUUAAUAUAUCACCAGGGUCUCCAUUAAAGUCACUGUAAUUUUGACUUCAAAUGUCCCACAUUCAUAGUUCUACAUUUCUGUACAGACAGUUACGAAUUUUACACAUAGCUCAGAGUGUAUAAAUAUUUAGCUAAACACUCUGUGAGAUCAGAAAUGCAGUGAAUACUACCAGAUCACAAAUAACACAUCAUCUUGUUCAUAUAAUAGGAAA